AUGAGUUGCUUUGGCUUUCUUGAGAAAUUCAUCUUAGAACGCUGCUACCCUCCAGGUGGACCUGCAGGCCAACAGACAGCUCCAACCCAACCACAAAUUUCAAAAAUUGAACCUACAAAGCCAAAGGUAGAAACAGAAAAAUCUUACUCGCCUGUAGUUAUAAGAAGGAAGCAUAAGGAUGAAGAAGAGAAUUCUGACGAACUAUUCAGAGAAAUGGAACCUCGAUACGUUGCGCCAAAAAGAGUGAAUCUUGUUGUAAUGGCAAAUGAAAACGAAUUAAAAUCAACUUCAAAUCAAAGCAAAACAAGGUUCGACAUGGAAGAAGGAGAUACUGGUAAUUGGGGAGAAGAUUUCAAGCUAGACUAG